UAACGAGCAGACGUAUAUAGUGUGUUUAAAUAAUAAAUAUGGUAUAAAAUGUGUAUCUAAAUAUUUAUAUACCGUGAAACGAUAAUAGGUUAAAGUAUUCAUAUAUGUGGUAGGACAAUGAUCGUUUUGUUUUGGUUUGUUUUUGGGACAAAUGUACAUUUUCUAGUGCAUAGUUAUUUCAUCGAGACACAACCAUCGGUAUGGGGAAAAGCUUCAUGUCAAAUAGCAUUUCCAGUCCUGAAUUUCUCUGGGAGUACACCUUCUAUAGAUUCAACCGAGGAUAUUUCGAACCUAACAAUUCCUGGGAAAGGUGUUUGGAUUGGCUAUUACCAAGCAAUGGUUACCUACACAUAUGUCGGAAACGGUCGAAGGGAUCAGUAUGAAGGGCAGAUUUAUGACGUACAAAGUCUUGGCGACUGCAUAUCCGCUACUGGAUGUAAAACCUUCGGGUUAUGGAAAUCAAAUACAGGCCUUACAUGUAAAUGUGCCUUGGGAUAUACAGUAUUUGCCAACAUAUCUUGUGAUUCACAUUGCAAUGACUCGAACUUUGAAUUUCCGUGUGGAAUGGCAGAGACCAAUAUAAUGUCUGUAUACAACACAGACAAUGAAAGAAUAAUAUCAAAGACGGACGACACAUGUACGUCGAUUGAAUGCAGUUGCCUCUCAUUCACAUACAAUAAUACUCCAUCCGAUUACAUAUUUAAAUGGAGGACAUGCAUGAAGAAAGAUUUUUCCCUUCAACCCCUUUGCAAUAACCAUAACUUUUCAGAUGAUAACCAAACUGCUGUUAUUCUGAACUCUGACUAUAAAGAAACGUGGGCAUCUGCAUCUGAAGCUUGUUGUUCUGCCGGAAAAUAUCCAGCGACAUAUACAAGCAUAAUGAGCACAAUGUUUUCUGACGAUACUAACGGACUGGAGCGUUGGACAGGGGUCAUAAGAAAAUUGUCCACUAUAAAACGAACCGAAAAUUUCACCCUCUACGAAAUGCCUGCGGUCGCGGUCGCUGUUCUGCAUAAAAAUGGUACGGUUGUGUUUAAAGAUGGGAAUCAACCUAGACAGCACUUAUGUCAUUCUCCAAUAUCGAACGCAACAACAUCAACAAAAUCGUACACAGCACCGAAAGAAACAACGGCGCCGCUAGGCACAGAAGACUCAGGAACCACGGCCGGUCUCGCAGCUGGUUUGUCCGUUUCUCUAGUUUUACUUAUCGUUGGAGCGAUGAUUGUGCUGCUGUUCUUGAAAAGAAAGGGAUAUCUACCGGAAUGUCACACACAAACUGAGAAAACAAGCAAUCAUAGCGCAGACACAGCGACCGAUAAUUCCUUCAUGUCAACUCCGAUAUUUGAAUCUACCACAAACACAAUGCAUGACUUGACAGCUUCCAAUCAUACUUAUCUUGCACUUGAAAAGACAUUUGACGGAGUGAAUAAAGAUGAUGCAGGUCAGUAUGCAGAGCUAGAUGCGACCGAAUUUGACCAUUAUGAUUUGACCGAAACGCCAGAGAAAUAAAUAGUUAACGAUUAAGACACAACCGAUGGCAAAAAUGGCUCUGCCGCGACUAAAUUGGCUAAGCAAUAUAGCAACUAUAACAAAGUCACUUUACAUCUAUUCAAUGAGUAUGACCAUAUUCAUAAUAAAAAUGGAACUCUGCCAAUGUUAGACAGACAAAUUGAAAAUGAAUAUGAUAUCACAAGUAACAUUAUAAACUGGAAACGCAAUAUACGUUGCGGAGAUGACGAUACCACAUAUAAUCAAUUGAACAAAUAUAAUUUGAAGGGUUCUAACACGGAUAAUAUAUAUGGAAAGACGGAAACAGAUGGCGACAGUGGAUAUGAUACUUUUGGAGAUCUCAAAGGUAGCCGGAAUGCAGCUGCAAAAUAACCGGAGAAUGAUUAUGCCGUGAUUAAAAAAAAUGGUAGAGUUCGGUGCCAGUCACAUAUAAUUACAUGAUAUGAUCAUUUAAAGUUAUUAAACUUUAGGGCUGAGGAAAACAAUCAACGUUUUGCACCGAUUGUCGAUAAAACCGUGAGAAAUGUUUAUUUAAUGAAAAGAAUAACUUAACUAGGUUUACGUUCAAUCCUAUUCCGGAAGAUGUGCCCAUCUGCUAAUUGGUAUGAAUGACAUGGUUGCUAAACCAUGCUCUAUACUUUUAUAUUUGUGUUUAUAUCUUAUUGUGAAUGCUUUGUGUUGAAAUAUCUGUUUCUCGUCGCCAUAGAAACAAGCAUCAUUUUUGCAACUACAUGUGUAAACUAACAAAUUGAUAUUUGCUGUUAAGAGCCAUAGUUAUACAUAGGUAAACGUAAAACAAAGGAACUGUUCGCUAAAACCAUAUACUUGUUUGGUUAAGGUUUUAAAGUUUUUUUUUGAUAACACAAAACUGUUUUAUUUCUGAUUAUAUAUGACUUCGAAUUCUCUAUUUUCAUAUAUGUAUAUAUAUGUAUAUUGACUACUAGAGACUUCGUCAGAGGAAGAGUCAGGAUAACCAAUUGCUGAUUCGGAUCAGGACGAUACAUUACAAGCUAGAGAGCAGCAAGUCGAGCCUAGUCUACUUCUACGAUCCUUUUCGUUUUAAAGCCCUGCUUAAGGGUAUUUUUAUCAUUUGUUGAGACAUCUUGUUCCCCAUCAAAAUAUAAGAUUGGACUGGAAGAUGUUAAACAACUUAUGAAAGUCCUUUCCCGCAAAUAUCAAAUAAACGCGUGUAAAAACAACAAGUAAUUUUCAAAAAGCAAACGAAAACCUCAGAUAGCUGUACUCCAGCUAGUAUAUUACGUGGUGGCAUAGAUGAUCUUAUCUGCUUGUCAAGGGAGAUCACUUCGAAGAAGAAUGAGGUAUUAAAAAGAUGCCAUUCGCAUCUUAUACGUAAUAGAUGUACAUUCAAUACUUAUCAUGCCAAAUGAUGUGGGAAGAUACAGCAAUCAUUUUGGUUUCUAGUUUUUGUCCAUGUCAUUUUUAACCAGUACACUAUAUACAGACCUGGAUGACGAAGCGCACAAAAAAAGUUUACAUGUACACUUACUGUGGCAACUGUUGGAAAGGUUGCGAAACACAACUUCUAGAGGUACGUGUACAUGUGGAAUAUUUUUGUGCACUACAUCAUCCAGGUAUUUGUACAUGUGGACUGAAUUGUCUGAACUACGUCAUCAAGGUUUGUGUACAUGUAUAUUUAUUUGUGAGCACUACGUUAUCCAGGAUAUUUGUGAAGUUUACAUGUUUAUAAUGACAUGAACGAUAACACGAAGACAAUAGUUUAUGCGAGUAACAGCGAGUGCACAUGAACAAGUUGAAUCAAAGCGCUUAAAGCGUUGUAUGGCUUUCAACAUGCAGCGUUUUGUGAGUAUAGUCAUGUAAUUGUAAAUUAUAAUAUUAUAUAUAAUUAUUAAC